CUCGCAUCUUCGACUGGAUACGCUACUGACGCAUGACGGCAGCUCAUGUCACUGGUCAUGUGUGCUGCUUUCUUUCCUAGCACAGUCGCAUUGCAAAGAUAUGGAUAAAGUGAUCGACUUUUGAACCAUUUUUGCUCCCCAGAUUUGCCAGAGCUACCUAAGGUGAAGGGCGGAGAUGGCCAGCGAGAAGGGACCCGGGGAGAUUCCUGUGAUUAUGUACGAACCAUAUCGUGAACCCUACAGGCAAGAACCCUCUGCACCGGAGCUGUGCGGCCAGGAGGGGGGUUACGAGUAUCCUUCUCCCCCACCUUACUCCUGCCGAGAAACAACUACCAUUGAGCAACCAGUUUACUUGGUGUCUCAGCCUCCAAUCAUCCUAGCAGGAAUUUUCUCAAGCAAACCAACCACGACAAUAUGCCCUUCGUGCCGCCAGCACAUCACCACAGAGGUCACCUACAGACUGGGCAGACUCUCCUACCUUCUGUGCACCAGCUUGUGUAUGGUCGGGUGCUGUUUUGGAUGCUGCUUUGUACCUCUCUUCGUGAGGAGCUUCAAGGAUGCAGACCAUUAUUGCCCAUACUGCCAUUUUCACAUUUAUAGAUACAAAAGACUAUAGAAACAAAGUUCACACAACCAGAUGAUGCCAAGUCUGUUUCCUAAUGGUGUAAGAUUCUCCAACUACUGCCAGGAAACCUAUAGGAGUAGGCUUUGAUUUUGCAGCAAUCUUGCUGGUGAAUCCAUCUAGUUUACCAUCGUGUGGUUGGGCCAAUUUUAAAACAAAAAGACUUAAAAGACUAAUUUAGUGUCACCUGAAUUCAUGCUCUAUUAGAAUCUCUGUCCUCAGCUGCGAAGUGACCGGCUACGAGCGCUUCAGCUCUACUCCUCCUACUCUCAAAUGUCCAGCCCAGCUGGGCCACAGACUCAUCUGAACUCUUCCAAUUCACCAGUAACCGAGAGGUCUGGAUGUGGACAUUUUAGAGAAGCACUUACCUUCUACACACUGGAACUGACUGGUCGGGAUUUCAUUUCUCUCUGCUGUUCUUCAUAUGGGACCUACCCCUGCAGGGCUGCGGGUGGUAGAGCGUAACUGAUUAUUUAUUAAUGAAACAUUAAGUUAUAAGACUGUCUUUACUGUGUUAUGUAUGAGAUAGGAAAAUAAACCUGUUAUUGUUAGUAAUACUGGCAAAACAUCUCCUGUCUGCGUUGCUUCCACGAUCCAUUGUGUCCAGAGUAGAGAGACAGCUCAGAAUGGGACACCUUGUUCGCAUUAACAAACCAAAAACCAAACAAAGAAAAAAAAGCAGCAUACAGAGCUUAAAAGAAGCCACCAAAACCACCACACAAGGUGUUCGUUUUACCUCUCUGCCUUCCCACAGCAGUGUAGCAUCUCCCACAUCAGGCCCUGCUAGUCUUUCACAGCUCUUCUCUGAAAUCACUCAUCUUGUAAAAGCAAAUCUCUAUAAUUACUUGCCCAGAAGGCGCUCAGACCCUGCCCUACGCUGACAGCAGCAGCAGCCGCUGCCGCUUAUUGCUGGCUGGAAAAAUAAACAGAGGAGUAAAAGGAAACCCUGUAUUUCAAUGUUUUAACACCGUAAGCAUUUCCAUGUUGGUACCAUAACCCAUUGCCCUUCCACAGGACCUGCGCACAGCCGGUGGCCAGAGCAAGCCCCUGGGAAACAACUGUCCACUGUGUUUGAAUUACUUUCAGAUUUCACACAUUUAGAAACUCUCAAUCUCCCAGCCUCCUCAACCCAGCAGUGCAACCAAACCAAUCCUGAGACCAGCUGCCCCAGCUCUCACUGGGUACCGAGGUUGGGAACUCUCCAUCCUCUGCUGACACAACCUACUUGAACCGAAUAAGAAAGAAAACGACGACAGUCACACCCGCGAGCAGCCAUGCAGAUGUCAGCCCAACAAGCCUUGUACCAUCUCACAAGUCUUUUAAAACGUUAAGGUUUUCUCGAUUUUAAAAUCUGGCUGUGAAACAGCAGGCUUUGCUGUUAAGUAGUGGUGAAUAACACAUCGAGCCAGUAACAUUUAGAAGGUGCAAAACCCCAAACCACAUAAAUAUAUACACAAGAAACAAAUUAUAUAUCCGAUUUAAGAUGUGGAGACAUUUAGCAGAAGUAGUCACACCACUUUCAAACCAAUAUUUGGAGACACAAUGGUUUACACAAGUGUUUCAUAAAAACUAAAGGCUUCCAGCCACGGCCUGGUGACUGGCAAAUUUAAUUUCUUGCCAUGCUUGGUCCCAGCUAACUCCAACACAACCUGACAGAUAUCAAGUUGAACACAGAUCUGAAGGCAGAUUCAGGCAUAUCACACUUGAACCUUCUCCUCUUUUUCUUACCCUAAAGAUCAGGCUGGUUUAAGAGGCAACAAUAAACGACAUAAGACCGCUCAUACACUAAAUACCAAUGCUCUUGUCUCAGUAGUCAAAUGCUUGUUUAGUUCCUCUGAGCAAAAACAAGAGUUCAAAAGCUGGAAAUGGCCACAUAAGUCAGCAUUUACCUUCCGGCCAGCUCUCACCACAC